UCGAUAUCGAAGAUAUUUUUCUGAAAUGGCUGCAAAACAAGAAACUGAACGGUCCUCGCCGGAAAUUAAUGCCUGCAAGGUGAUUAUUAAAAGGUUGUUUUCCAGUACCUAUAAGAAUAUUGCUUGGGUUUUCUACGAGCCACUGGAUCCGCAACUGCUGGGCCUCCACGAUUACCAUGAGAUUGUCCGGGAACCCAUGGAUCUGUCCACCGUGAGGCAUCGUUUGAAUACGGGUUGCUAUCUCAGUGCCGCGGAUUUCGCCAAAGACAUAAGGCUGAUUUUCUACAACACCUAUCUGUACACGAAUCCCGAUCACCUGUGCUACCACAUGGCCAAACAGCUGCAGAUCAUCUUUGAGGAGAUGUACUCCCAGGUGCAGCUCUACAUCUGCUCCAGCGGCAGUAAAGUGCGUGCCGAGGAAGAGAGCUCCUCGGAUGAAUCGGACUCAUCAUCGCCGGAGGACGAGGUGAACGGCUCGGAGGUGUCCCCCUCCAUAAUGGGUGCGCCCCCCUCAUGUACUCCAACCACCGAAUGUACUCCGACCCCCGAUUGGACUCCGCCGGCAACUUUGGAAACUUCGGAGCAGCAGGAGCCCUUUACAACCGAGGAGGACCUUGAUCUGCACGCCAAGAUUCAGCAGCUGGACGGCGAGGUGCUGCUCCACGUCAUCCAUUUCAUUCAACGCAUGGAGGGCGCCGAGUACUGCAACAAGGAGCUGGAGUUCGACAUCUGCAAACUGAAGGUGCACACCAAACGCGGCAUCCGUGAUUAUUUGGCCAGCAAGGGGUUCACCGGCAAAAGAGUGGCCCGCACCAAGCCCAAAUAUAAUUGAGUUUCAGAUUG